GAGCCCUCUUCGAUCUUCAUCGUCUUCGUCUGAGAUUCUGGAAUCAGCUGCUUUCUGCAGAUUCCCAUGGAAGCCCUGAUUAGCUCGUCUUCUCCUACAAUCACGUCGUCCGCUUCUUCCUUCUCCGUUUUCUCUCCCCGAAAGUCCCUCCCUUCACGGCCCUUUCAGCUUCCGCUCGCCUCCAAAGGAAACGAGAAUGAAUCAAAUCCGAAGUCGGAUUCCAAAGAAAUCAAUCGCCUUCCGAUUCUCAGUAAUCGCCACCUCUCCCUCUCACCACUCUCCAAGGACGCAGCAAUGGGACUGGUGAUGGGUGCGGCGACAGGAAGAGGGUGGACUACGGGUUCUGGAAUGGAAGGCCCUCCUGCCCCUGCUGGGGUUCAGACACAAAGCACAGAGAAUGUCUCCACUUUUCCCUGGUCUCUCUUCACCAAAUCGCCUCGCCGGAGGAUGCUUGUAGCUUUCACUUGUAACAUUUGUGGGCAAAGGACAACGCGGGCAAUUAACCCCCAUGCUUACACUGAUGGCACCGUCUUUGUGCAGUGUUGUGGAUGCAAUGCAUUUCAUAAGCUUGUGGAUCAUUUGAACCUGUUUCAUGAGAUGAAGUGCUAUGUGAGUCCAGGUUUUAAUUACAAAGGUAACGGGUGGGAAGCUGUUAACUUCAAAUAUCUGGAGAUGGAUGAUGAUAAAGGUAAUGAUGACAUAUUUCCCAUCCAAUGAGGUGGAUCGACCGCUUCAGGAGUAUGUAUAUUCUAGGCUAAUGUGUUGGAACCUUUGCUUAGUCUUCACAUGUAUAUGUCACUGUCUGGGUCUCUCCUUGAUGUCACAUUUCUAAAUUCAGCAUUGUAUUCUCUAGAUUAUUUACGGCUUAUUAGGAGAUGUUUGAACGGCAGAAACGCUUAUUAAGAUGAUUCUUAUUUGGAGCUUAUGUAUAGUAUAGUCUAACAAUGUGCAAAUCUGAAUGCAAUGCCUGAAUUUUCAA